AAUCGCUUUUCAAUGAAGUUCUUGCUGCUGUUGGUUGUGUUUGCCACGUUUGUGACCAGUUCCUUGUGCCUGAAACACGUCAUUUGUGCACUUCCACAUUCCAAAAAUGGAGAUGGAAAUAAGGCCUGUAUGGCCAACUUUCCCAGUUGGUCCUACAAUGGAAAGGAAUGCGUGAGGUUCAUUUAUGGCGGCUGCGGUGGCAAUUUAAAUCGUUUCCCAUCUCAGGCUCGAUGUGAACUGUGGUGUAAGGAAUAAGUUUUGAGCGCAUCAAAGUGCUAAAUAAAUGAGUGGAAGUUUCCACAAUGAAUGUA